GCUAUAUGACACGAGGCAACCUAGUUGAAAGCAACUAGCGGUUUCGGUGAAGUUGAAACGUGUCAUAUGAUGGUUGCCCGAUUGCUUUCAACCGGCUUUCAACUAGCAACUGAAGUUGAAACCUUUCAACUUUAGUGGAGCAACCAGAUUAGUUGAAACGUGUGAUAUAGUAGUUUCCAAAUACUUUCAACCUAAACUGGCAACCAUUUAGUAAACAAAAUACACGUGUUGAUUCUGUCUUAGCCUGCAUUUUUAUCUUUUAAAUUUAAUCUUUUAGCUAUUUUUUAAUCUUUUCACUAUGGCUAAUUUUAAAUGGAAUUCCAAUGAAAUAUGUAUUUUUUUCGAAAUUUUUCAAACUUAUCCUUGUCUUUGAGACAUUAAUAAUAAAGAUUACGCUAAUAAACUUAUUCGCGAUGCCAAGUUUGCUGCAAUGACAGAAGAUUUAGUGGAAAAAGGAUUAAAGUGCAACAAAGAAAUUCUUAAGACCAAAAUUAAGGUUCUUCGAACUGUGUACUCGAAGGAAUUGAAAAAAGUGCUUAACUCCAAGAAGAGCGGGACUGGGGCAGAAGAUAUAUAUGUGCCAAAAUUAGCCUGGUUUGGUUUAGCAGAUAGUUUCCUUCGCCCCACUAUGAAAAUUCGAAGUGGAAUAUCUAAUGAAAUUCCAAAUGUCACUGAGAUGGAGGAAGAAACAGCUGAAUGUGAGGAGAUACAGUCUCAGUCUCCCUUAUGUGAGACUCCAAGAAGAAAAAAAACUGCUGUUGAACGGGCUAUGGAAAAGCUAGAUGUCAUAGUUGUGAAGUGUAGAAAAAGGGAGGAUGAAUUUGAUGUAUUUUCAAAGCAAGUUGCGGUGCAGCUAAGGAGCUUGCCUUAUCCAAUGGCACUCCAAAUGCAAAUGGAGAUUAGUAACAUGCUGUUGAGUAGANUGCCCAAGGAGCAGGCUCCUCAACCGCAUCUUCCAAUGAUGUGCUGCAAAUUGCAUUGGAUGCAAACGAUAUCUCUUUUUUAUGAUUUUUGUGAAUGA